UGUGGCUGCUGCUGCUCAGUCUCAGAAAUAGCAUCUUGUUUGCUGAUAUCGUGGGCUUCACCAGUCUGGCGUCUCAGUGUACGGCGCAGGAGCUGGUCAAACUCCUCAAUGAGCUCUUCGGCAAGUUUGACGAGCUGGCCACGGAGAAUCACUGCCGGCGCAUCAAGAUUCUGGGCGACUGCUAUUACUGUGUGUCGGGUCUGACGCAGCCCAAGACGGACCACGCUCACUGCUGUGUGGAGAUGGGUCUGGACAUGAUCGACACCAUCACGUCGGUCGCCGAGGCGACAGAGGUGGACCUCAACAUGCGUGUGGGUUUGCACACGGGUCGUGUUCUCUGUGGUGUGUUGGGUCUCAGGAAGUGGCAGUAUGACGUCUGGUCCAAUGACGUGACCCUGGCCAACAUGAUGGAGGCUGGAGGUCUGCCUGGGAAGGUGCACAUCACACGCUCCACUCUGGAGUGUCUGAAUGGAGAUUAUGAAGUGGAGCCGGGAAACGGCAGAGAGAGACAUGCGUUUCUGCUCAAACACGACAUCGAGACCUUCUUCAUAGUGCCAUCUCACCGCAGGAAGAUAUUUCCUGGUCUGAUCCUGUCAGACAUCAAACCUGCCAAAAAGAUGAAGUUUAAGACGGUGUGUUACCUACUGGUGCAGCUCAUGCACUGCCGCAAGAUGUUCAAGGCUGAGAUUCCCUUCUCUAACGUCAUGAACUGUGAGGAUGGGGACAAGAGGAGGGUGCUGCGCUCUGCACCGGAGAAGCUCAGGAACCGUACCCCGACCACAGCCUCUGCGCCUCAGAGCAGUCCGGGAACGCGAGUGAACCGUUACAUCAACCGGCUGAUCGAAGCCCGGCAGACGGAGUCUGACACGGCGGAUCUGAACUACCUCACACUCAUGUACAGAGACUCAGAGCGAGAGCGCCGGUAUCAUCAGUUGAAUGACGAGUACUUCACUGGCGCUGUGGUUCUGUCGCUGCUCCUGGUGGUUCUGCUGGGCUUCCUCUACCUGCUCAUCAUCCCACAAGGGACUGUGGUGCUGGUGCUGCUGGUCUUCUGCAUCUGCUUCCUGGUCGUGUGUAUCAUGUACCUGCAUAUCACUAGAGUUCAGUGUUUUCCAGGGUGCCUCACCAUACAGAUCCGCACCGCUCUGUGUGUGUUCAUCGUGCUCUUAAUAUACGCCGUGGCCCAGGCCUGUGUGGUGGGCUGUAUGCCGUGGCUCUGGCCCUCGAACUCCACGCGCUCCAUCGUGAUCAUCGACGCGGCGGCGGGCCUGAACCGCACCAUGGCGGAGCUGCCGUGCGCAGGCGCUCAGUACGCCUUCCUGUGCUGCAUGCUGGGAACGCUGAGCAUGGCGCUGUUCCUGCGGGUCUCCUGGAUCCCCAAGAUGAUCCUGCUGCUGCUGCUGCUGGUGCUCUACAUCACCAUCCUGGAGCUCAGCGGAUUCAGACGCGCCUCUGGCUGGGCUCUGUUGAGUGUUCGGGGUCUGGAGCCGCUUCUGUCUCUGCUGCUCUUCUCCACUGCUGUGGCUCUUCACUCCAGACAGCUGGACCUCAAACUGCGGCUGGACUUCCUGUGGGCCACUCAGGCAGAGGAGGAGAGAGACGGCAUGGAGAAAGUCAAACUGGACAAUAAGAGGAUCCUGUUUAAUCUGCUUCCUGUGCACGUGGCUCAACACUUCCUGCUGUCCAACCCCAGAAACAUGGAUCUGUACUAUCAGUCGUAUGCUCAGGUCGGGGUUCUGUUCGCAUCCAUUCCCAACUUCAACGACUUCUACAUCGAGCUGGACGGAAACAACAUGGGCGUGGAGUGUCUGCGGCUGCUCAAUGAGAUCAUCGCUGACUUCGACGAGCUGAUGGAUAAAGAGUGUUAUAAAGACAUCGAGAAGAUCAAGACCAUCGGCAGCACCUACAUGUCAGCGGUGGGGUUGGUGCCCACCAUUGGAACCAAGGCCAAGAAAUCCACGGCCACUCACCUGAGCACCAUAGCAGACUUCGCCAUCGAGAUGUUCGACGUUCUGGAUGAAAUCAACUAUCAGUCUUACAAUGACUUUGUGCUGAGAGUGGGUAUUAAUGUGGGUCCAGUGGUGGCAGGUGUGAUCGGGGCUCGCCGGCCGCAGUACGACAUCUGGGGGAACACAGUGAACGUGGCCAGCCGGAUGGACAGCACAGGUGUGCCUGGAAAAAUACAGGUGACAGAGGACGUGUACCGUCUGCUCCAGAACAACUAUGACCUGAUGUGUCGUGGCAAUGUCAGUGUAAAGGGCAAAGGUCAGAUGCUCACCUACUUCCUGGAGGGAAAAGCGCAGGAUCCGGGGAUCCGAGCGCCGCACCACACGGGCGGGCUGGAGCGCAGGGUUCAUGCCAUCGCCCGCACCAGCAGCACGCAGACCAAAGCCGGCAGCGUCUCCUCUGCAACAUCCGGCCUGGCGGUGAGAGUCGGCCUGAGCAGCAGUUUCCACGGACCCCACGGACACAGCAACACCACCAAUGUGCCUACAGUAGGGGAAGAGGAGGAGACCAAAGAGCAGGAGGUGUAGGGCGGAUCGAGCACUGCGAAGACAUGC